AUGGCGUCACCCGUCCAUCCCGUGCUCCCGGGGUCCGCCUCGUGUCGGCGCUCCCACUCGUACACCCCCUGCCUUUUCCAGCUGCCUCCCGCUCUCCCCGGCACGCACCAACCUUCCACCAUAUCGGUUGCCCCUGGGCCAUUGGCCACUCACGCCGCCUCGUGGCCCUGCUACUUCCAGCCUCCUUCGACAAUCUUCGAAUAUGGCCAAUCGCCCAUAGACAAAUGCGAAGCGGUGCUCAUGGGUGAUGUCAACAUGCGGUGCCGUAAGGGCGGUCCUCCGAGGCGUUCCAACACUCGCCAAGGUUUGUUGCUGGCCGCCCGUGGGAAUAGCCGCCGCAGCGGGAGUCCCUCGAUGUCGUCACCCCCUGAUCUUCCCCGCUUCGGUCUGCUUCGGUCCGCUUUCGUUGCUAGACGUCCGUCGGAUAUGGUAAACUGCCGGUUCGAGAUCACCCGCUCCCUGCCGCGCCCGAACAACGCGCUCAACGCGUGGACUGCCAACACACGCUCCCCCACACAACCCCACGCAUAUGUUUUCUUGCACUUUCUCGCACCUGUGCCUUGCAACAUUCAAUGCGCCCUUGCAACCGGGCGAAAUCCUCGAGACGUCGCGCAGACCACGGGAGGCUCGCCUCUUGCCGGAUGGCGUGCGCCACGUCCGCAUCGCCGCCCCGCCGCUCGCGCAUCAACAUCUCCCGCACAGCCUGGUCACACCGACCCGCCCGUCUGGAUUUCUGAUCUCCCUCCUUCCCGCGGCAGACUCCAUGGCGCCCGGAUCCUGCCGCGCAAACACGGCCCGGGGCGCGCGGGGUGCCAGUGGACAUAG